AUGAUACUCCCAUCCAAAAUGGUCAAAGAUGAGAAGAAAGACACCGACACCCCCGAUAAGAAGAACAAGCACAAGCCCCGGGAGGGAAAGACAGGGAACCGCCCUGCAAAAGAAGAUACAGACAGGAGGAUGCUAGCAAUGGCAAGUGCCUGCAAUUGGAAGAAGCUUUCCCCAGGACAUCACCUGGUCCAAAGCCCCGCGAAAAACAGAAUCAAUAACAACUACACAACACCAGAUGACACGAAACCUCCCAAAGAUACUAACCAAACAAUCGGGACUAGAGAAUGGAAGAUAUUGAAAAUCUUCUUCCAAAGGAAGAUUGUUCCAGAAACAAGCAGUCACGUGAACGCAAACAUCAUAGAACUUGUAAGUACAUGA